GCCACGUGGUUUUACCAAGCCCACGCAGAGCUCGCGGCAACGGCGGUGCAUGUCGCCUCUGCCGCGCACCCCGGCGUGGGCACGGCCAUGCGAGCUCAACUGAGACGGGCAUCGACAACCCUGGCCUGCUGCUAACGGCAGCGCCUUGGUUGUUGUUGUUGUUUACAUCACAGCACUGACGCGACUUCGAUUACACUCGCGAUUAAUAUUAUUAUCCGUCGAAGGGGGGAGAGAGGAGGAGGGGGUGGUGGUUUGUUUUGUUUUCCGGCGGCGACCUCUUAGAACAACAACAAAAAACCACAGGGACAUGAAGCUGUACUGCCUGUCCGGGCACCCGACCCUGCCGUGCAACGUCCUCAAGUUCAAGGCCACCACGGUGAUGCUGGACUGUGGCCUGGACUUCUCGUCGGCGCUCCAAUUCCUGCCGCUCACGCUCGUCCACAGUGCUCGCUUGGCAAAGCUGCCCAACUGGGUCUCCAAAGACGGAAACAAGACACUGGAAAAGGAGUUGAAGGAAUGUGCUGGCCGGACGUUCGUAGACUCUGCCCCGGAGUUCUGCAUACCCGAGACGGAGCUGAUCGACCUCUCCACGGUGGACGCCAUCCUCAUCUCCAACUACCACAGCAUGAUGGCGUUGCCGUAUGUCACGGAGCGCACCGGCUUCACGGGCAUCGUCUACGCCACCGAGCCCACGCUUCAGAUCGGGCGGCAGCUCAUGGAGGAGCUCGUGUCCUUUGUCGAGCGGGUUCCCAAGCCCAAGACGGCAUGCAAGUGGAAGAACAAGGACAUCCUCAGGAAUCUGCCGGCGCCGCUCAAGGACGCGGCGGAGGUGGCGGCGUGGCGCAAGUGCUACGGCAUGGCCGACGUGAACGCCGCGCUGAGCAAGGUGCAGCUCGUCGGCUACUCGCAGAGGACGGAGCUGUUCGGCGCCGUCUCCGUGACGCCGCUGAGCUCCGGCUACUGCCUCGGCAGCUGCAACUGGCUCAUCCAGUCCCAGCACGAGAAGGUGGCUUACGUGUCCGGCUCCUCGCUGCUCACCACUCACCCGCAGCCCAUGGAGCAUGCGCCACUCAGAGGCAGCGACGCGAUGAUUCUGACCGGGCUGACGCAGAUCCCGCUGGCAAACCCGGACAACAUGGUGGGGGAUUUUUGCAGCAACCUGGCGGUGACGAUCAGGAGCGGCGGCAACGUGCUGGUGCCCUGCUUCCCGUCGGGCGUCAUCUACGAUCUGCUGGAGUGCCUCUACCAGUACAUGGACUCGGCGAACCUCUCCUCCGUGCCACUCUACUUCAUCUCGCCCGUCGCCAGCAGCUCCCUCGAGUUCUCGCAGAUCUUCGCCGAGUGGCUGUGUCAAUCCAAGCAAUCCAAGGUCUACUUGCCAGAGCCGCCAUUUCUUCACGCGGAGCUCAUCCAGAUGAACCGGCUGAAGCAUUACCCGAGCAUCCACGGCGACUUCAGCUCCGAGUUCCGGCAGCCGUGCGUGGUGUUCGCCGGGCACCCGUCGCUGCGCUGCGGCGACGUUGUCCACUUCCUGGAGCUGUGGGGGAAGAACAACCUCAACACGGUCAUCUUCACGGAGCCAGACUUCCCGUACAUGGAGGCGCUGGCUCCGUACCAGCCGCUGGCCAUGAAGGCGGUGUACUGCCCCAUCGACACCCGCCUCAACUUCAUGCAGGUGUCCAAGCUGCUCAAGGACCUGCAGCCUCUGCACAUCGUGUGCCCCGAGCAGUACACGCAGCCGCCGCCCACGCAGGCUCACCGCACUGACCUCGUGGUCGACUCGCAGCCCCCACCGCUCCCCUACCGGCGCGCCGACGUCAUCUCCCUGCCGGUCAAGCGGCACUACGAGCGCAUCGAGAUCGCGCCAGAGCUGGCGGACUCCCUGAUCCCCAUGGAGAUCAAGCCGGGCGUCGCGGUGGCCACCGUGGUGGGAUCGCUGUCCACCCGCGACAACAAACACACGCUGCAGAUGCUGCCCAAGGUGGUGCAGCCGUGCAGCAUCAGGAAGCGCAAGUGCGCGGAGGACGCGGUGGAGAGCAAACCCCCCAGGCCGCUGCUGUGGGGCAGCCUCUCCAUCGACCAGUUCCUGCAGAGCCUGGCGAAGCACGGGAUAAUGGACGCGCGCGUGGAGGACUCGGCGGACGGUCACGUGAUCCACCUGCCGGGCGAGGACACUGUGAUCCAGGCCUCGGAGGACUCCACGCACAUCAUGUGCGCCAACAACGAGAUCAUGCGGCAGAAGCUGCGCGACGUUUUGCUCAAGCUGCUGCAGAAGCUCUGACUUCGAAGCGCGGCCUCCGGCGUGAUGGCAGCGCGCGUGGCCAACAACUCCACACUAUUACUAAACUAUUUUUUUUAUUUCAGCAGGUAAGGCCCCACUGAGCUUAUAAGCUCUUUUUCAGAAGCAACCCGGCCAUCACAAAUGACAGCUUAACGAAGUGGCUUAUCACCAUGUGGAAAUGUAUAGCAGCCAAAUGCUCUCAAUGCAUGUUUCUAACUUGACAUGUUUCGUGGGUUUGAAACACAGUCCAGGGCAUUGACCAAACCCAUCAUUUGUCCAGGGUCGAUCAAAUUUCUACCACUUUGUAGGGAAGUCAACAGUGGUUGUGCGAUGCGUAGACUCACAGUAUUUAUCCUGGAGAAAUCUGAGGAGCUAUGAAGCUCUUUUUCAAAGAUGUCCAGUUGUUGACUUGCCCACGAUCAUAUAAAUGUGGAAUUUGCACCAGUGGCUUAUUUUAGGAGCAGGAGAUCGAUUUGACUUUUGACUUGGAGGGAAACAAAUAUAUAAUAGGCAACGUCUCGGGCUAUGGCCCAAGAGGGAGAUCUGGUAUUAAUAAGGGUCGCUGUCCAAACGGUUUCCAAUUUAAAACACAUUUCUCUGUUGGACACUGUUAUUGACAAAUACGUGGCGUUUAAAAAAUAUAUAUUUUGUACAGUUGCUCCUCACACACAGCUCUCCUUUGUCAAGCCACUGCUGGAUGAGGAUCUCCCCAUGCCACGCAGGUCGUGGGGGUUAUCCAAAAUAGGGGGUUAUUUGACCGUGGGGGUUAUUCGACCAUGCUUCACCACACCGGUCAGCAAGGGUUGACGAUGGGGAGCGUAUCUGUUACGGCAUGUAAAGCACAACGGAUGUUUCUGCAUUGCUCUCUGCUGUGGUGGGGUGGUCUGGCCCAGCACACAGAUUAUAAAGGUCAUUUGUUCUUGACUGGAGUCGAAAGGCGAAGUGGUGUAGCGCACAAACGAACACACUAUUUUAUAACAGAUUCACACCUAUUGUAAGUUAUACCUCCUCACUAGGCACGUCGUUGUUAAUCGAGUAAAAUAAACAAUUAACUUGUAAUAAAUUGAUAAAAUAAAAUAACAGCGCUGUCCUUCCAGACAGUCUCGUCCCUUCACCUGAUGAGGGCCGCUUGUGUUGUGGCCGAAACGUCGUGAGAAUAUUAUUGUGUUAUUUUAUUUUAUCAAUUUAUUAUUUUAUUCUCAUUCUACGUGACUUUACCGAAAGAACCAAAGAAGAUGAAUCCUUGCAGUCACGAAAGCUUUAAAUCGAAAUUUAACUUGUAAUACAUGCAGAGAAUGGUUAAUUUUUUUAAUUCGUCACGUCAUCUUUCUGGACCCCCCCCCACUUGUGGUUCAAUGAAUUGUCACGACUAAGGAGUCAGGAUUAGAUUCAAAUGUUUUUUGGUUACAAUUAUUUACACAUUGUGGUGAAUCUAAGUGACCGCAACAGUCAUUACGAUGUACAGUAUACACACAGAUUCUUGCCCACGCAGUUUCGAAGCAUGUAUGAUGAGCGCAAAUAAAAUUGAUUACUUUGCUCAUGAUACAAUAAUCGAAUGUGUGCAUGUGAUAUUCCGUAAUUUCUUCCCAAACUAAUUGUAUUAAUGAACAACGGCAGAACAAAGGAGUGUAAAUGCAAUAAUAGGUGACACUGUAUAAAUGAGCAAACAUUACAAAUGAGACCAACAAGACGAUGAAAUGGGGAAUCUUGACCCCUUAUGGUGACUAUUCCUUGUGGCGCUUUCGUGCGGAUAAAAAACGAAUCUUUUUUUAUUUUACCAGGUAAUGCUCACUGAACCUAUACAGCUCUUUUUUUCAGAAGCGACAUGGCCACAAAUGAUAGCUCAAACAAGUGGCUUAUCGCGUGGGAAUUUAUAGCAGCCAAAUACCUCAAACGCGUGGCGUUGAGUCUAAAUGUGGAGGGAAAAAUCGGAGGACCCAGAGAAAAAACCAUGCGACUACGGGGAGACCAUGCAAACUCUAAAUAUAUAGGCGUCGGGAUCGAACCCACGACAUUGUAUACCUGGCGAGGUAGUUAACAUCUCCCCACCAUGGCACCCUUACAAACGUAAACAGCUCUCCUCAAACUAUCCCCAUAUAUUUUAAUACCUGCUAAAUAAAGGGCUACCUUUGGGGCGAGCAGUAAAUAGCAAAACAUCCUUGGUCAGACGAUAUUCAGCAACCACUUGGCUUUCCACAUUGAUUUUGUAAAACCAGUUCCACCGAUGUUCAGCGUUCGAUUCCCCUGUACAGUCGUACGUGAAUAAAGACUCUGGCGUGCUUUUUUUUUA